CAGGUCGCGCGGUGAGGAGCAGAGCAUCUUCCUCCUCCUCAUUCACUCACUCUCUCUCCUCAUUGCCAUAACAACGGAUGCAGCGCAUCAGUCCGCGCGGGAUCAACGUUCAGCAGCCGCGCGGGGCGGAAUAAACCCGCACCGGUGCCGUUAAGACUCCGCAAAGGGUGACACGCACGCACGCGCCUCUUCGAACUAUUUACGUAAAACCGUUUAAGCUGCUUGAGGGAUACUAGCGCACGCGGGAGAUCCUCACCGGGGUUAUUCGGUAACGGUACAACCAGGGGAAGGCGAGGGAAGAAGCAGAGAGCAGGAAGUGCAGCGUGGGAAAGCGGGGAAAAUCUCCGGGGAUCUCCAGCGCACACUUCUCCAUCUACGGUCCUCCACGGUUUUUUUUUUCCCGCUAUGGCUCGGGAGAACGGAGAGGCCGGCGGGGAUUGCUCGUGGAAGAAGCAGGUCGAUGAUAUCAAGGAGAUGUUUGACUUCAAGGAGGUGCUUGGGACGGGUGCAUUCUCAGAGGUGGUCCUGGCAGAGGAGAGGUCCACGGGAAAGAUGUUCGCUGUGAAGUGCAUCCCUAAAAAAGCGCUGAAGGGGAAGGAGAGCAGCAUCGAGAAUGAGAUUGCCGUUCUACGCAAAAUUAAGCAUGAGAACAUAGUGGCGCUGGAGGACAUCUAUGAAAGCUCCAAUCACCUCUAUCUAAUAAUGCAGCUUGUGUCUGGAGGCGAGUUGUUCGACCGGAUCGUGGAGAAAGGUUUCUACACGGAGAAAGACGCCAGUACGCUUAUCAGACAAGUACUAGAUGCUGUGAACUACCUCCACAGUAUGGGCAUCGUACACAGAGAUCUAAAACCAGAGAAUCUGCUCUAUUUCAACCCUCAAGAUGGCUCAAAGAUCAUGAUUAGUGAUUUCGGUUUGUCUAAGAUGGAGGGGACAGGUGAUGUCAUGUCCACAGCCUGCGGAACGCCAGGAUACGUGGCUCCAGAAGUUCUCGCUCAGAAGCCGUACAGUAAAGCUGUGGACUGCUGGUCUAUCGGGGUCAUUGCCUACAUCCUACUGUGUGGUUACCCUCCUUUUUAUGACGAGAAUGACUCCAAACUCUUUGAGCAGAUCCUGAAAGCGGACUAUGAGUUUGAUGCACCGUACUGGGAUGAUAUAUCCGAUUCAGCAAAAGACUUCAUCAGUUGUUUGAUGGAAAAGGACCCAACAAAGCGAUACACAUGUGACCAGGCCCUUCGACAUCCCUGGAUCGCAGGAGACACUGCGCUCUGCAAGAACAUCCAUGAGUCCGUCAGUCGACAAAUGCGCAAAAACUUUGCAAAAAGCAAAUGGAGACAAGCCUUCAACGCCACGGCCGUGGUUCGCCACAUGAGAAGACUGCAGUUGGGAAGUAGCAUGGGGAGCAGCAUGGACCAAUCAAACAACGCCAACCAAAACCGCAUACUGAACGCCAACCAGACUCCAAACCUACCGCCGAACACCACACCAAACUCCACUGCGGCUCUUACCCAAAACCACAAACCUGCUCCCAACGCAAAUGCCGUUCUCAUUAACGAUAUGGCCACAGGAACCACCUCUAUACCACGCAAAGACUGUACUGCCCCUCCCCACACUUCCUGUUCCCUGGCAUCAGCUGCUUCCUCCUCUGCCUCAGGGGCAGAGCCCUGCAGGCCACUCCCUCCCUCAGUUGCGUCGGUGAGCACAGUGCUAACUGGGACCAAGUGACGCCAGGUUCUGCGGGGAGAGAGCUGGGAGGCCACUGCCCUGUGAGCCCCGCCCCUCAGCCCACUCCCCGCCCUGCCGUCCAAUAAGGCAGAGGACUGACCCAUCGCCAUAGCAACCACCGAGAGGCUCACAACACUGCGCGCGCCUAACGCACUCCUGCCAUUUAACCUCCAGGCCACUAGAGGGUGCAAUGCAUGCAGCGGCAGGAGACGGAGAUUUACAGCAGAAGGCUUCCAUUUUGAGAAGUGAAUUUGUGCGGCUGGACAGAACUGUGAUGUCUUUGCUAUGAAUGUGCUACGAACCUCGCCAGCCAUGAAAAAAAAACCAAACGAAGAGCGCAGAGGUUUAGGUGCGAAAGCGUGUGCAUGAUCGUGUCCACCCUUAUAGGAGGACGGCGCCAAUGUCAAAUGAUUCUUCUUACUAUAUCGUAACAUGUCUAGCUCUUCCCUCUUUUCCCUGUUUACUUUCUCUAUCUACUCACGAUUUAUUGUAUUUCUCGUUAGCUACCAUUUUGAUCUUUUGGGGUUUUCCACUGAUGUGUCACACUGACCUGCAGAAGUGCUUUUAAUAAUCACAUUAGACUGUUUUGCGACAUUUUUCGAGUCGAGACUUCUGUUUGCACAUUUAUACGCGAGAACAGGUAGCGCAAUUGCUAACGUUUUACGAGAUGGGAGAUUACCGAUUUGCGACCUCGCUGUCGGGUUUUAUCAUCGGGAAGUUCAAGAUAUCUGUUAAAACAUGCAAUAUGUUUGAUUGUUAUCUUAUUUUACUGGACUUUUUUGUUUCUUUUUUUUUUAAAGCAGAGAGAAAAACAGCUUGAUCCUGUUACUCUCUGCUUCAAACAUGACUUUAAAUACACACAGACAGUCAGUGUUAAUUUUUGAAUAUAGUAUAACUGUUAAUACACAACACAAAUUUCCCAAAAAGCCAUGGCAGCGUCUUUCUACGCCCAGUGUACGAGUUCUCAGGGAAUUCCGCAGCUGCACUGGGCAACAUAGUGAUGGUAUCUUUAGUAACGCCUCCAUGGUUUGAGAUUGUCUCAUCCAGCUGGAAUAAUGUCAAAAAUGUCAAUUAGGAUGAUGGACAGCUGUUUAACUCUCACAACGAUUGUAUGACAAUUUGACCAUGCGGGAAAACUGAUAUGUUAUGCUACGUUCACGCCAUUUCGGAAUUAGCCUACCAUGAUUACAAACUCCAGAUAGAGAGCAAAAGUCAGGUUCUGGAAGUAAAUCCCAUCAGUUUUCUACAUUGAAGAUUUGAUUUUUAACCAUAACUUAUAAGCCUUUAAUCACCUACUGUGAGCUACGAGGUUGUUUAUCGAUGGUAUAUGAUUUUUUUUACGUCCAAUAGCAUUAUUUCAACAUAAUAAUUUUUAACAUUGGGAGUCCUAGUGAAAAACUACAUUGCCCAUGAUUCUGAAAAAGAACUACACUCCCAUGAACCACUAAUGCUAAUGACUGAUGUAAUCUCCCUACAAUUUCAAACUACUUAAAUAUUUAUUUUAUAUAUAUAUAUAUAUACACACACACACACACACAAUCAUACACAUCUUUAAAUUAAUAGUUUUAUAUUUAUUUGAUCUUUUUUUUUUUUUGAUUGUUGUUUGCAGUGCUUCAUGGGAUCGUAGUUCUUUCCCUCAUUAGAGAGAUUUUUCUCCAUUUUCAAAUACUUUUUGCUUCAAAUCAUUGUUUAUGAUGUUGUGAGUCACCUCAUCUCUGGUUGGUUUGGUUAAUGGCUUGUAACUCUUAAACGAGGAAAACGAAUGGAAAAAAUACUUCCGGAUCCAAGGCUGCUGACAAAGUGGGCGACCACUAUUGCACUCUAUUACAUGUUGGAAACAAGUCAAGGGUGGGACUGACCGUUUUAUUCGACCAAUGGCAGACGGAGGAGUUUUUACGAAACCUGUUACUAUUUCUGCAACAUUUUGUGAUGCUAGUGGCAUAGAAACGUCACUUUAAAGGCAGUUUUGUAUAUAUAUAGCUAAAUAUUUCUAUUUGAUAUGUCAUUUUAUUAUAGCCAGCAUAUCAUGGUGUGCUUUCUUCGCUCUUCCUGAUUUUGCAAAAAAAGUGGCUAUUUAAUGUGGCUUUUAAGUAUUUUGCAGUAAAGUCAUCAUCAUUGCGUAAUUCUGACUCAACGCGAACGCAGCAUAACUUUCAGUGACUGUAAACAUCUUUCCAGUACGAUUCAAAGUGUCUGAAUUUCUAGCAUUGGUUUAAGGGCUAAGUUAAGGUUUUUACACUUCCUUAUUGAUGGGUGACCGGUCUUCUGUCCCCGAACGGCUCUGCUUAUUAUGUCCUGUCGGUUUUUUAAAGUGACUGAUGUCUUCUUUGCCCUUUAUGGUUUGUUAAUAUCACAGGAGGGAACCUUGUCUAUGGACAAGAUUUAGGAGUGUGUGACAUUUUCCAAAGUGCCAUCGAAUAUCUUCAUGCAUUUCCCAUUAGUUUCAUCCUGAAUGUUUGUUUCGGUGUGGGCGGGCGCUUCACCGUGAGGGGUUUGAGCUAAUGGGUUUAUUUUUCAGUCAGGUCAUGCAUGCACCAUUUUGUCUUCAUUUUCACACUCGAGAGGAGUUUGUAAUCUCACAACAGAGAUGCACUGCAAAGCUUUUCACGAAACUGGGGCGACGUUUUGAUUUUGUAUGUCACGAAAGAGUGAACCAUACUGCACAUUUCUGUUUCAUUCAGAGCCGUUUAUGCUGUAAGCAUGAGGUGUUUGAUAAGUAACCGUUGUUUAAAUGAAUGUUCAGCUCUUUUGAUAGUAUCUGUGACAUAAUGUUGAUUACCACAGGAAAUCAUUUCAAUUUGUCACUUAGUUUGUAAGAAUAAAAGUCAACCGUACAGAAAGGCAUAAAGGAUUUAAUAGCACUAGAGGGUUUUCUUAAAGCACCUCUAUUAAUUUUUCUGUACAAAUAUGUUAUUUGAGCUAGUUAAUCACCUAGAUAACAGUGGGACGACUGUCCUAGACUUGUAGUUUGAUUUUAUCUACAUAAACAAGUUUUGUCAUGUAAACAGUACCUUUGUGCAUAUUGUAUGAAAUUUACCAUAUUUUUUUUUUUGAAAUUGAAGGUUAGUAAGCAAUUUUUCCCAACUAGUCUCAUUCUUUGAAAACUGCAUGAAAAACAUUUGAUGUACAAACAAUUGCUAGUAAAUUUCACAAUAAAUUGUAAAGAAAUGGCAUUGAAUUAAAAAUUUUAAAAAGUAGAAAGUGUGAAAUUAUAAUUUUCUCUUUUUUGUAAUAUUCCAGUAAUCUUGAAAAAAAAUAAUAAAAUUACAGUGUUAACAUUUAUUUCAUUGCCGUUUCUUGCCCCUGUAGACUUUCAUGGUAAGUGCAUUACUAUAAUUGUCAUUUUUGCUUGAGGGACGACUAGAAAUGUUUUUCUGUGGUAAGAGGGCAUUACAUUUUUGGCUUCAGUGUUCAUGUACUCUGUGUUUGUAAGUGUCACUUUCUUCUGUGUGUAUUUAUGGAUGUAAAAUGCAGGAAAUCUGUCCGAUAUGCUGGUUUUGAAUUUUUUAAACCCUCAUUAGGAUAUGGGGGUGUUUAGAACGAAGAUAAAUAAACCUAUAUAUGGUUACUGCCACUGCAAGCCAAACAUAAAUGUAUUUGAAAUCUAACAAUUAAACCUAUGAACUCAUUUUAACUUACUACAGUAAUGAAAUUCAGUAAAUACAUGCACACACUCGUGCCAUGGCUCACACACAAACACACCCUGAUCAAUCAGUGAGUGCAGUGAAGGUCAGAGAGGAGCGAUGUUUCCGUUCACUUCGAUUACAGCAUCACUGUGGUCUGUCUGCGUCCAGAGCAAAUCACUCCGUGUGUCCAAAGGCUUUGUAAAUAGACUGUGAUUGUGACGUGUCUAUCAUGUUGUCCCUGAGGAGAUGUUAGUGUGUCCGUUGCGUGUCUCAUCUCGUUCUCUAAACACUGCCUUUCUCUGCAGUUAUCGGCCACACUUGACUGUAAUACACACAGAUGUAUAUGUCUCUCGCUCAAUGUCGUACGUUCCGAGAAAAAUCACGUUUCUAUUGUACAAACUUCACACACGCAACAUGGUGAAUAUUUAACGAUGAUCGGUUGUGAUGCACCUUCUCCGGACGAAUCGUUUCCUGAUAUUUUCUUUUUUUUUUUUUUUUUACCAACUCAGGCGUCACUUUUGCCUCUUACGAUGAAAAAGCUGUGACUGACAAGUGUCUGUGCUACCCAGUGACUGUGCAGUUUUAAACUUGUCCCUUGAAUGUCGACUUCUUCGCAAAUUAAGAAAGAAAAAACCUUGCAACCGCAUUGAAUGGUUUUAUAAAGAACUGCGAGCAUGUUAAAUGCGCUUUCCGAUUCAACCGAUUGUUUGCGUAUUUUCAAAAGUCCUCACCAUGUAACUAUGUGUAUGAAGAAAUAUGUCUAUAUCUAUAUGAAUAUAUAUUUAAAAAAAAAAAAAAGCAACUCUGAUAAUGCAGGCCUUGUGAUCUCUGCAUCUCUGACACAACCUGUCCGAAAUAAAAGUUGCCCAGUGAAAUGUGAAUUAUAUACUCAUAUGCAUGUGACAAUGAUGAUCAUAUUUUGGGAGUGGCAUACAAAUACUAACUUUACUGUGACGUGAUCUUCUGUUGAUAUGGGGCUUGUAUAUCCAAUGCCUUUGACAAUCAUCUGCACAUAUCAGAGUUUAUAUUCCAUGCUGUAAAGCAAUGGGGAAUGAAUGAUUGUUUUUCUUUCCUUUCUUUUUCUUUCCUUUUUCCUUAAAUAAAUCCUGAAUGAUCA